AUGAAUUACAACUCAUAUUAAUCGUAUAAACCGUAUUCUAGAAAUCAGCAAUAAACCUACCAUAAUAAUCAAAUACUCUCAUACGUGGAGUAGGUUCUCCAGAAAUCUAGAACCAAUUACACUUAACACAAGAUACCUGAAUCAAACCUCAAAUCCAAUUCAAAUUUGCAAAAUAUCAACACUGAUCCUGAUGGCAAAGCUAUUUUGAAUUCCCCCAAAAUAACACCACAAGAAUUGAAAAUCGCUUAGAAAUAAGACACUACUCCAAUUAAAACUAUUCCCCUUCAUCAAUCAUAAUAAAAUAUAGACAGAUAACCAUUAAUUCCGUUAAUUCCGCUUAUGUAAAAUUUAAAAGAAUAGUUUAAAUAAAAAUAAGCCUUUUAAUAACAGAGUCCACCCAAAAAGACUGAAGAACGCUUCAAGAAUUUUAAAAUAAUAAAGAAACUCGGGGAUGGCAAAUACAGUGAAGUGUUUCUAGCAAGACAUUUGUAAACUGGAUUUUUGGUUGCAUUAAAAGUUAUCCAAAAAAAAUAAAUGAUAGAAGAAAUCAUGGAAGCCUAAUUGGCUUGGGAGAUAAAAAUCCAGUAUUUACUUGAUCACCCAAAUAUCACUAAAUUAUACACCUUUUUUUAAACUUAAACUGAAAUCGUUUUGGUUCUAGAGUACUGUUCACAUGGCCAAUUGCUCGGUCUACUCUAAAAAUAACAAAAUCAAAGAUUUCAAGAAAAAGAAGCCUCUAAUUAUGUUCACUAAAUCACCUUCGCAUUAAUGUAUAUACAUAAUAAUGAUGUUAUUCAUCGAGAUAUUAAACCAGAUAAUAUUCUCUUGAGUUUUGGCUAAGCUAAAAUUGCUGAUUUUUCAUUCUGCGUCUACUCUCCUCAUGCUUAUAGAUAAACGCAAUGUGGAACUAUCAUUUAUGCUUCACCUGAAAUCCUGGAAGGAGAUAUGUACGACAAAAAAAGUGAUAUUUGGGGUUUGGGUGUCUUAACAUAUGAAUUAUGUUUUGGUAAACCUCCAUGGAAAGAGCACUAACAAGAAUUAAUGAAAACUGCUUGCUUUUUGAUACCGUCGUCAGCAUCCAAGGAGCUGAGAGAGUUCAUUGAAAGUUUAGUUAAAAGAUUAUCCAGAGAAAGAUUAACCGCAAAGCAGGCAUACAAUCACUCAUGGUUAUAAUAAACUUAACAAGCGCUACCAUAGUUUAUCCAAUAAAAUGUAACCAUAUUUAAUUGA